AAGACAUCAGGUUUUAUGACGUCAACACACUACAACCGUGAAUGGGAACAGCUUAUAUUUCGAUGUCUCUAAACAUAAAUGUGCCAUAGAACUGUCAAAAUGUGAGAAGAUAUCAAAUGCCGUUCUGUUUGUCUUUGGACGUCUUUAAGUUUUCGUGUUCCUGCCAGUUCUUUUACUGUUCCUAAAUCUUUCGCGGUGACUGGCAUAAACUUGAUACAUAGGAACUCAUUGGAAAAGACAAAACAAGGAAACAGAAAAUUAAAGCGCUUAACUUAACUUAUCGCAACUUAAAAGCAAAAAAAGAAAAGAAGAAAGCAACAAACAAUGUCUUUCCCAAAUCUGAUUGAUCUUUUAAAACUGAGCCCAGAAGAAAAAACUGAAGAGGAUCUUAACCGUUUAAUAUCAUGGUUUACAAAAAUAUGUCCUACAUUCAGAGAACUGGACCGAUCGAUCACCAGAUCCAUUGUAAGAGAAUCCACGUAUAUCUCUGUACCAAAAAGAGUUGUAAUAACACAACAAGGAGAAAGGGGAGAUUGUUUCUACAUCAUAAUAUCUGGAGCCGUAUCGGUUUACCAACAGAAGACACUAGACACCGAUGAUGACCUGGGAAGUCCAGUGAGCGAUGAUUCAAUGCAGAGUUUGGACAGCCAUAUUUCAAAGGGCUUCGAGAUCAAACAGUAUCCUCCAAGUUUACAUUCAUCAUAUUUCGGCAACUUUAUUUCCAAUAUAGACAGUGGAAAAGCAUUUGGUGAACUGGCGCUUAUGUCGAAAGACUGUAAUCGAACUGCUACUAUUGUAGCCGUGGACGGCGUAGAACUUCUAGUUGUCAGGAGGCAGGUAUAUCUCGAUUGUUUUCUUGAUCAUCAGACCCAAGAACUUCACACCAAGAGAUCAUUCAUUGAAAAAUAUAGAUUAUUUCGCGACUGGCCAGUACGACAGAAAACCAAUUUAGCUAUGGCCCUACACCUUUAUAAACUAACAACAGGGAAUUGUAUUGUCAGCCAAGGAGAGCCAUUUAAUGGGCUUCAUUUCUUGAUCAAGGGCCAAGUUAGAUUAGUGAUUGAUAAUUAUCAACAUCCGAAACAAUUCAAGAAACUGGCAAGUGAACUAGCCGAGCACAUUACACAAAACAAACAGAAAAUUUCAAGAACCAAUAUUAACGAAACCUCAGGUGUAAUGAAAGAUCAUAAGAAAACUGAGGCAGCAGAAGAUAAGCGUAAUUACACUCGUCCUAAGUCCUUUAUAUACGAUUUGUGUAUUCUUGGUCCUAUUGAUGUCAUAGGAGACAUUGAAGUUCUCAUGGACUUAGACAAGUUCUUUUAUACAGCUACAUGUGCCGAAAACUGCGAACUUUUACAUUUAGAAUAUGGAGCUUUCGACUCCUUCUUUAACAGACGUCAUCGUGAUAGUCGACAGCGCAUGUGUGACCGCACUAAGUUGAAGAUUGAACAGCAACUGCGCCGCAUGCCACCCGGCGCCGUUCCACUAAUGACGAGUGUGAGACUGCGUCUCGAGAAAACCAAGUCACAACUCAUGCAGGCUAAGAGAAGAUUCAAAGGCAAAGAUUUGGUUCCUGUCAAGAAAAUUGUCAAUUUACCUCGGGGUCCAAUCAUUAAUAAUUAUGGGCCUGGAGGACUUUUCUACAUCAUAGCUUUACAGAAUAGACAUGUUUGGGAGGCAGCAGCCGAAAGAGAAAUGGCUCAAAGACACGAAGCAUCUUACAAACAGGUGUCACUUCAGCUCGAGGAAAUGGGCUUAUCACAGAGAAGGACCUUAACUGUUUUAAAUGCAGCAUUUAAAUUGAAAAAGGAAGAUAGCACCUUAGCUUCUUGGUACAAACCGACUGAUAUGUUCGAUAAAAUUAAUGAAGUUAUUUUUGAUUGGUACGAAACUUUGGAAGAGGAAUUACAAAUACCGUUUGGUAAAUGCAACUUAUUGUUGGAAGGACCUGACUGAGCGCUCGAAUGUUAUACAACAGCCUGACCAAGGAGAUUAUUAAAAAAGCCUCCCCAGUUCUGAAUGUAGGAACAGACAGAAGAAAGAAAAUGUAAAGGAAAAGACAGAAUUUCUAUGGCGAUUUCAAGACUGCAAAACUUCUCAAAGGAAAUAAAAUUUG